AACAAAUUCCAUCUAUUACUUCCUAAUGAGAGGUGAAUAGAGUUGAAUGUAGUUGAAUAACCUCGAAACUGUACAAUUAUUUGACAUUUUAAUAGGUGACAUCAUAAGUUUGUAUUUUAUGCGUAAUAGUUUUAUACAUUAUUAUGUAAAUAAAGAUACAAGUACGCGAGUUAUUGCAAUACCCAGGAAUUUGUAAAAAUGAUGGCUUCAGAAGUAGGUUCGACAAACAAUGAGCCUGUACACAUUAAGAUUAAUAGCGAAAAAGCUCCUUUAAUUCAUGGAAGAAGUGUUCUUUAUAGAUUAAGUAAUUUCUUUAGAUUUGGCAGAACACAGAAUACAGAAGGAGAUGGAUACGUCGAAUUUGGUAGUUUAGGUGCAGACAAUGGACGUACAUUGGGAACAUUUGCAGGAGUAUUCAGUCCUGUUACCUUAUCCAUGUUCAGUGCCUUAGUUUUUAUAAGAAUGGGAUACAUCGUAGGAAAUGCUGGAUUACUUGUAACUUUGGCACAAUUUAUAAUCGCUUAUGGAAUUUUAGUAUUUACCGUAGCAUCUGUAUGCGCUAUUUCCACGAAUGGAGCAGUGGAAGGAGGCGGCGCUUAUUUUAUGAUCAGUCGUACACUUGGGCCAGAAUUUGGUGGUUCUAUCGGAACAUUAUUUUUUAUGGCUAAUAUUGUAUCAAGUGCACUUUGUAUCUCUGGCUGUGCCGAAGGUUUAAUAGAAAAUUUUGGGCCAUCCGGUUAUUUGGCUGGAAAAAGCGCUUUAAUACCGGAUGGUAGAUGGUGGCGAUUUUUAUAUUGUACAGUAUUAAACACUGCCAAUUUAAUAGUAUGUUUAAUAGGGGCAGCGAUGUUUGCAAAAACUAGCGUUGCAAUUUUGGCUGUUGUUUGUGUUUGUUUAAUGAGCGUUUUUAUAAGCUUUUUAGCACAGGGACAUAUGGAGAUUCCGAUUCCAGAUGCAAACACAUUGGUCCAAAAUUCAACGUUUCAUGUUAAUGGCACUUACACAGGAUUGUUAUCGUCUACUCUUAUUAACAACCUUUAUUCAAAUUAUAAUUCUGAUUAUUCAAGCGAAGGAGCGAUGACCGAUUUUGCAAGUGUUUUCGGCGUAUUGUUCAGCGGUGUUACCGGUAUAAUGGCUGGAGCCAAUAUGAGUGGCGAAUUGAAAAAUCCUGGAAGAAACAUUCCACGUGGCACUUUAUCAGCAGUAUUAUUUACAUUUAUAUGUUACAUUUUAUUAUCGAUUCUUACCGCUGCAACUACAAGCCGAUUUUUGUUGCAAAACAAUUUUAUGUACAUGAUGCCGAUCAACGUUUGGCCACCGUUUGUAGCAGUUGGCAUAUUAACAGCAACGUUUAGCGCAGGUUUAAGUAAUCUGAUAGGAUCGAGUAGAGUAUUAGAAGCAUUGGCAAAAGACAACGUGUUCGGAUCCGGAUUGAAUUUUAUUACACAAGGAACAUGGAAAGGAAAUCCAAUUGCUGCGGUUUUAACGUCAUGGACUUUAGUCCAAAUAAUUUUACUUAUAGGUUCUUUGAAUACCAUUGCUCAGAUUAAUUCUGUAUUGUUCUUAUUGAGUUACUUAGCUACCAAUUUGGCUUGUCUUGGCCUCGAACUUGCAAGUGCACCAAACUUCAGACCAACUUUUAAUUAUUUUACAUGGCACACGGCAACAAUUGGACUUCUCGGUACAUUGAUAAUGAUGUUUGUUAUAAAUAGUAUUUACGCUUCCAGUAGUAUAAUACUGUGCUUGAUACUAAUUAUCGUGCUGCAUUUAUUUUCUCCGAGCAAAAAUGCCCCUUGGGGAAGCAUAUCUCAAGCACUUAUAUUCCACCAAGUUAGAAAGUAUUUAUUAAUGUUAGAUUCUCGCAAAGAUCACGUAAAAUUUUGGCGACCACAAAUGCUCUUGAUGGUGGCUUCUCCGCGUUCGGCGUGUCCGCUUAUAGAUUUUGUAAAUGACUUGAAAAAAGGUGGACUUUACGUAAUAGGUCACGUAAAAGUCGGAGAAUUUUCGGGACAGAAUAUUGAUCCUACUAUAGAAGAAUAUCCACAUUGGUUGAGUUUAGUCGAUCACAUGAAGGUGAAGGCAUUUGUCGAGCUAACGAUUACGAAAACUGUCCGCGAAGGAUUACAUCAUUUAAUCAGAAUAUCUGGAAUGGGAGCAAUGAAACCGAAUACAAUUGUUCUCGGUUUUUACGACGAAGAAACACCGGUAGACUUUUUUCAGAGUUCUCAAUAUGCGACAGAUAUAUUUGAAAAUGUUUCAACAUUACCAAACAGUAAUGUGUUCCCGUUAAGACAGAUAAAUUCAGAAAAAAAUCUUGAUGCCGUACAGUAUGUAGGAAUGUGUUCAGAUGUUUUGAAGAUGAAGAAAAAUUUGUGCUUAUGCAGAAAUUUUCAUAUGUUAAAUAAAUCGCAAAUAACAAAGAAUUCUUCCUUGAAAUAUAUUGACGUAUGGCCUGUGAAUUUUUUCCAACCGACAGAUCAGGAUCCAUUUGACACAACGUCUUUGUUUAUGCUUCAACUUGCGUGUAUCAUCAAUAUGGUGCCCGUUUGGAAAAAUUUGCAUCUUAGAGUGUUUCAUUGCGAGACGUCGGACAGCAACGCAAGCUUAAGUAUUUCAGAUUCACAAAAUUCAGUUAGCGAAUAUUCGAACGUAUCUAACGAGCAUCGCAUAAGAAAAUUGUUAAACAUGUUGAGAAUAUCUGCGUCUAUAAAGAAAAUCCCCGACUGGGGUACACAAGUACGCGGAUUACAAGGUAGAUCUCUUAUUGAGCCAAGAGUGGAAAGUCAAUACGAAUCGAGCACCGAAAGCAACGAUAACAUAUUAAGUAAUAUUUCGCGUGCUUAUAUCUUAAGCGUAAACCAAUUAAUUCGGCAACAUUCUUCUCAAACCGCGACAACGUUUAUUUAUUUGCCUGCCCCCCCGGCAUCAACUAGCUGGGAUGAAAACACAGUUUAUCGACAGUAUCUUCAAUUGUUGACAGAAUUAACGGCAGAUUUACCGCCUAUAGUAUUGGUACACGGCGUCAGUGCUGUUACGUCGACAACGUUAUAACGACGCGUAUAUCGUUCUAUACAUAUACAAAUGUAUGUAUGUACACGUAAAUAUGUAGAAUUUUACAAGAGAGAGUAUUAUUUAGUAAUUUAUGUGGCUUUAAGUUAUCGCUAAAUUUUUCAAUUGUCGAAUACUUAAUUGACAUUCGUAUCAGAGAAAUAUUAUAAGUAUUUCAUUUAUUUUAUGUCUCUUCUUUAUUAUCAAGUUUUGUAGUUUUUGUAGUUUCAAUGAUAAUAAUAAUACUUUCUUAUUGUAAGAAAAUUUUAACCUUAUAGCAACUAUAUAGUUUAUUACUGUGAUAACGAACUUAACCUAUAAGAGAUAUCCAAAAGUAAAUAUUUUUUAAAUAUUUGAUGUAUAUUUAUCGAAGCACGUGUAAGUAAACUGUAUCCUAACAUCUUCUUACAUUAAAAUACGUAUUUCUAUAUCAACUUUUUGUAUCUGAUUUAAUAGUGAAAUAAAUCUGAUAAAUGUAAUAAAGACGAAUAUAAAAGUAAA